UUUAAAUAUUUUAGUCGACUUCGUUUUACGUGAAGGACUAAUAUUGUUAUUACAAUCAUUAUGUCUUAUGUGGGAAGACAACAUACCUUGGCAUCAGCUACCACAGCUGACUGUUCAGUGGAGUUGGAAGAAGAGUUUGGACCGGUAUCCAUUACGAAGCUUGAGGUCAAUGGGAUAUCAAAUAAUGAUAUUAAACGAUUGCAGGAAGCUGGAUUUCAUACAGUAGAAUCUAUAGCAUUUUCACCAAAGAAACUUUUGUUGCAAAUUCGAGGAUUUUCCGAUGCAAAAGCGGAUAAAAUUCUAACUGAAGCUAUUAAACUUGUCCCAAUGGGUUUCACAACUGCCACUUCUAUUUAUCAAAAGCGUUCAGAGAUAGUCAUGUUGACGACUGGCUCAAAAGAGCUUGAUAAGUUACUGGGCGGGGGCAUCGAAACGGGUUCAAUAACCGAAAUGUUUGGAGAAUUCCGUAGUGGUAAGACGCAGUUGUGUCAUACAUUAGCUGUGACUUGUCAAUUGCCAAUAAGUCAGAAUGGUGGCGAGGGUAAAUGCCUUUAUAUUGAUACAGAAGGAACAUUUCGGCCGGAACGUUUGACCGCAAUUGCCGAACGCUUCAAACUUGUAAAAGAAGAGGUUUUGGACAACGUGGCCUGCGCACGCGCCUAUAACACAGAUCAUCAAACGCAAUUACUGACACAGGCUGCAGCUAUGAUGGUGGAAUCACGGUAUGCACUUUUAGUAGUUGAUAGUGCAACAGCACUUUACCGCACAGAUUAUACAGGUCGUGGUGAGUUGUCAGCACGCCAGAUGCACCUUGCACGAUUUCUGCGCCUUUUGUUGCGAUUAGCAGAUGAGUUUGGUGUCGCUGUAAUCAUAACGAAUCAGGUGGUCGCCAAUGUAGAUACUGGACCUGCCAUGUUCGCAGCAGAUACCAAGAAGCCCAUUGGCGGCAACAUUAUCGCGCAUGCCUCCACGACGAGACUUUAUUUCCGAAAAGGACGCGGGGAAACGCGGAUUUGCAAAAUAUAUGAUUCACCAUGCCUACCCGAGAGUGAAGCUACAUUUGCAAUAUUACCCGAUGGAAUCGGCGAUGCAAAAGAAUAGAGCAAAUGAAUGCGUUCUUGAAUAGGCUAAGUUAAUCAAUUUAAGAAAGUAUAUUAGAUAUUAUGUUUACCUAUUAGUAAUAAAAACAAGGACACGAUGAUAUGCACAAAUUAAAAGCAUUGGCGUUUGAAUUUU